AGGAAGCUGUCGAGCUCAUCAGUUUCCGCUAUCAUUUCACCCAUUUUUAUUUCAUUUUCUUCACUUUUCUAUACAUCCUCAACUUCUAUAACACCCAUAUAAAUCUCAUUUUCAUUGGGAACAAAAGGUGGCAAAUACUCGUGAAAUUUCAAGAAAAAUUAGAGAAUCUAUUCAGCAGCAGUAGAACAAGUUAAAGAGGGAGAGAGUAAAAAAAAAAACCAAGUGAAAAGGAGAAAAGUAUCAUUGUAUAUUCGCCUGUACCAUUUCUCGUUGUAUUCAACAUAAUUUUAUCCUGUCAUGUUCGAGACAACUGGAAUUCCAGACAAGGUGGAACCCUCUCAUCAUCUUCAAGCAUUAACAGACCUCCUUGCACCAAGGGAUGGAGAUAGUGAAAGCUCUGGGGACGUGAAUGGACAACAUUUGAACCAAAGCCUCAUUUCACUGUGCUCACAUGUUUGUCGAAUCUGCCAUCAUGCGAAUGGAAUUAAUGAAGCUCUCAUAUCACCCUGUAGUUGCAAGGGAUCUUUGGCGUACGUGCAUAUAUCGUGUUUGGAGCGAUGGUUGAACCAAACCUGCCGUAACCACUGUGAGCUUUGCUCCUAUCGCUUUAAUGUUAUAGAGACUCCUCGUUAUCGUUGGAGGGAAUCAUUGAGGAUUUGGAUGAAUUAUCCUCCUAAUCGUCAACAUGCACAAUCUGAUCUCAUAGUUUUUAUUCUACUGACUGUCGUGGUUGUGGGACUGACAGUUGUCUGUUUGCUAGGGAUGAAGUAUUUUAUUAUUGAAGGAAGAAAAAUCGGUAUAUCUAGACUGUGGACUCGUGGUGCUAUAUGUUUCUUUCUUGCCAUUGUCAUCCUUGGAUACUGCUUCACAGUUUAUCUUCUUGUCAAGGAACAAGUUGUCCCGUGGUACAGAUGGUGGAAGACAGAAGUAAACGUCCGAAUAGUUGUGGAGUCACAAUUGGAAAGGGGUAAAGUACAGACUCCAGGCGUUAUUCCGGGUCAUCGGAACGCGGAAACAACGAUUGGGAUCAAUUAAGCUGUUGAAAAAACUCAAGUAGUCAAUGUAGAAAGCUUUUAAUCAACGAAAACGGCUAUUACCACUAUCAGAGUAACAACGAAAUAAACAAAAUUGCAGUUAAUAUAGCGACUAAUUACUACGAUGAACUUUACAAGAGGAUUUGAUAUUUCGGAGUUUGUUUUUGAAGGACUGGUUGGUGUAAUCAAUAUUUCCAAAUAAUAAUUGAUAUCAUUCAUUUUGUGAAA